UACUCUGCUGGCGCAGUGUUUUUUUUUCCCAGGCAAACUACACAUUGCCCGCCACUCUCAAAAAUUGUAUUGACAAAAGUUCUCGCCCACUUGAACUUUGGAUAUUGUUCACAAACACCACUAGUUAUUUUGUGACGCUAAUGUGGAGACUAAACGACGAUUGGAGGGUUGUGUUUCAUUCAUUCCUCUGCUAUAGUAUAUAUUUGUUUUGCAGUAAAAGUUUACUACCUAGCUGGCAGUGGCAGUGUAGUGUGUGAAUCUGUGAUGAUGUUUUUUGGGAACCGAAACUAGUAAAACUAUUGAGUGAAAUUGUUGGAGACCACUCGAGAGAGUCAAACUACUUUUACACGAGCUCAUAUUGAAGUUGUUCGCAAUAGAGUCGCUAAAGAACUAACUCCUGACCGUCUUCAGUUAACUUAGCAUUCUGAUGGCAUCUAUGCUAUGUUUUGCAAUGAUCGAAGUAUACACCAGUACCAAUAAACUUCAAGUGAAGAACGAUUCAACCUAAAACAUUCUCACAUUGAACACCUCAUCAUCAUGGCAAGUGCACCUCAGAAACCCUCUGGAUCUGGAACGGCGCAGACUGAGGAAGCAGCUGAGAGGUCUAAGAUGGAUAAGUUGAAGAGAAUGGCGUCGUCAGUAGAGAUUGGAAGAGGCGUCUUGGGAGGUUUAAAGUUCUCGGCUCCACUUCGUACCCGUGCUUACACCACAUCAGUGCUAGAGAUAAAGACAGACAUGGCGGAGGUACUAGCUUCUACCGCUCCUAAACUUCCUGGCCUGCCGAUGGAUUAUAAAACUGCUGUGGAACUCAAACAGGUGAUUUUCGGGACGCGAAUGUUCUCGUUUGACGAAGAGUGGAAACGAGCUUGCUUCCAAUGGCAGAGUCUGAAAGGUCCAUUUCCGUACGGGCUCUUUUGUCCGAGGGAUAAAUCGAGAGGGGUGAUAAUGGCAAUCCAGGUCCACCUCGUGCGCCAUCUACAGUUUGAUAAGAAAAAGGAGGAUGGUCAUCAUCAUUAUACACAGGAUGAUACAGAGUCUCUCGACGUUUCAAGUGCUUACAGACUGACACCCACCGAGGAAGAAAGAAAGCAAGGGUUCCUCUUAGCUCUAAGCGAUAUCCUUUGGUCGGCUGGUGAGGAGAAGAGAGCCGUUGUAGUACUACAGGACAGGAAGAAACCAGGCUUGCUUCACUCCGAAGAAAAGAAACUCCAGUUCUUUGCACAGUCACUACGAAUCACACAGUUCACAGACAAGGAGAAACUGAGAGUGUUUCUGAGAAAUCAUCUUGAACUGUUGAUGUAUCAUGAGGGAGGUGGAGUCCUUAUGUUCCUGUUCAGCAUCAUUCUGUCAAGAACAAUACCAAGACUACUUGAGGAUUUAGACGGUGACUAUCUGUUUACGGACAGGAACCAGUGUUCCCUGGCGCUCAUCAUUCUUGUACUCACUGGUAGGGCUACGGCCAACGUCUUCAAUGGCAAGAAGGUGUACGACAAGAAAGGUGAAGCCCUGGCUAAGCCAUUGGUUGGGAUGAUGCAUCGUUCUGAUUGUGGGUUUCUUUUGGUUGACCGGAGUAAGGUCAAAGAAGACGAGAAAAUAGAGGUGGGUAGUAUGCUGAAGACGCCCAGGGUACCAGUCUGGUUGACCUACCUCAACGGCCGCUACUCCAUGCUGCUCUGUACUAACGUCAGACUGACUAGCGACUGGCGGGCGGAGAAUCGGUUCCUGCUGCAUUACUAUAAUGGUCAAUCAGACCAGCUUAAAGAAGCUGUACUCACAAUUGAUACCAAGACAAGUCCUCCUAAGCAAAGCUUGGAAGACUUUGAGGAGAAGCAGCCGCCUUUGCUUGAAGAGUGCAUUCAUUCAAGGUGGCCAGAUGCAGGAAUAGACUGGAAUGGCUCCCUUCCCUUCAUCUGAACCCGAUGGAACGACCACAUACAGCAGUCAUCAUGCUGUUUAAUUAAAAAUACAACUUUCAUACUACUUCGCUACGCUCAUACGCAUGAAAAGCAGUUUCAUUUUCUAUGGACGACAAGAAACAAACACACUUCAUAAUACAAACAAUUUGUUUCAGAUAAUUUUAUUAUAGCAUGGGAUUGGGCCGUAGCGCAACGGUGAUGAACAUAAGAGUAUAAACGUUAUCAAACGAUAUAGAAACGCCAUGAUUGUGAAAGAUAACCAUUGGCAAAAGAAACUUUGUUAACUCCAAGUUAACACUCCCGUGUGCGGUGUUACGGCCUGAACUGAUUGACCGAACCUAUUGUCCCCUUAUAUACGCGUAUACGCUUCAUUGAUUUUAACUUUCCCGCACUCAAUAAACCACGUGACCCUGACGAUUGGAUUAGACGCGCUUUCAAGUCAUCCCUCCAAAUGAAACUAUAUUUUGCUGCACUUAAAGGCAGUGGACACUAUUGGUAAUUACUCAAAAUAAUUAUUAGCAUAAAACCUUACUUGGUAAUGG